AUGGCGAGUAGCAGCGGCAACGUCAUUGUGCCGAGCAGGAGUGUUCUUGAGGCUGUAGGAGACAAAAGGUACGAGAACUGGCGGGUAUGCCUGGAAAGCUACUUCCGGUCUCAACACCUGUGGGAGUUGCUCGUGAACGGGCUGCCGGAAUCUUCAUCGGAGAGCGCGGCGAGUCUCAACGCGGCGGCUCUGCACGCCAUUCAGAUCUCGUGCGGCUCCGACCUGCUGUACCAGAUUCGGGGCAUCACUUCCGCCAAGGAGGCAUGGGACACCCUUGCCCAUAUGGACCGGACCAACCGCCCCAAAGGUGGAUAG